UCUCUGCUUCCCUUUUCAUCGUUCAAAAUGGUUUACAAAGUCGCUGAUAUCUCUCUCGCUGCCUUCGGCCGCAAGGAGCUCGAGAUCGCUGAGCACGAGAUGCCAGGUCUCAUGUAUCUGAGGGAGAAGUACGGCGCAGCCAAGCCCUUGGCUGGUGCUCGUAUCGCUGGCUGCCUUCACAUGACCAUCCAAACUGCCGCCCUUAUCGAAACGCUCACUGCGCUGGGUGCGGAGGUUACCUGGUCGUCUUGCAACAUCUUCUCGACCCAAGACCACGCUGCCGCCGCCAUUGCCGCCACCGGCGUCCCCGUCUUUGCCUGGAAGGGCGAGACCGACGAGGAGUACAACUGGUGCAUUGAACAGACCCUUGGCGCAUUCGCUGGCGGCAAGACCCUCAACAUGAUCCUAGAUGACGGAGGGGACCUUACCUCCUUGGUCCAUGACAAGUACCCCCAGUACCUCAAGGACAUCAAGGGUGUGUCUGAGGAGACCACUACCGGUGUUCACCACCUGUACAAGAUGUUCCGCGACGGCAAGCUCAAGGUUCCCGCCAUCAACGUCAACGACUCCGUGACCAAGUCUAAGUUCGACAACUACUACGGUUGCCGCGAGUCUCUUGUCGAUGGUAUCAAGCGUGCUACCGAUGUCAUGCUUGCCGGUAAGGUUGCUGUUGUCGCCGGCUACGGUGAUGUCGGUAAGGGCUGUGCCGAGUCCCUCCGCUCUUACGGCGCACGUGUCCUCAUCACCGAGAUCGACCCCAUCAACGCUCUCCAGGCUGCCAUGGCCGGUUAUGAGGUCACCACCAUGGAGGAUGCUGCCCAUCGCUCGAACGUCUUCGUCACUACCACCGGUAACCGCGACAUUAUCACCGCUGCUCACUUCUCCGUUAUGCCCGAGGAUGCCAUUGUUUGCAACAUUGGCCACUUUGACAUUGAGAUUGAUGUCGCCUGGUUGAAGGCCAAUGCCAAGGAGGUCGUCAACGUUAAACCGCAGGUUGAUCGCUUCACCAUGGCCAAUGGCCGUCACAUCCUCCUCCUCGCUGAGGGCCGUCUCGUUAACCUUGGUUGUGCUACUGGCCACCCUUCUUUCGUCAUGUCGUGCUCGUUCGCCAACCAGGUUCUCGCUCAGAUUGCUCUCUGGACCACUCCUGAGAAGUUCCCCCUUGGCGUCCACAUUCUCCCCAAGGAGCUCGACGAGGAGGUCGCUCGUGCCCACCUUGCUCAGCUUAACGUCAAGUUGACUACCCUUACUUCCACUCAAUCCUCCUACCUUGACAUUCCCGUCAACGGCCCUUACAAGGCAUCGCACUACAGGUACUAAGCGCCUGGUGUGGAUUGACGGCCUCAACGUGCCCUUCCGAGGCGACAGGCCAAUGGUGACCUGAUCGUUUUAUGAUAUUUUAUAGAAGGGGGUCUUAUCGCACUAUGGCGGAGACCGAAAAGCUAGCUUGCAUGUCAAGCUUCGAGCGCCAAGGGCGCUUCCGUGGAGCUGGGAGGCGGUGUUUAUUGGUGGAGAGGGCCUCAACGAGCCCGUGAUAUGUAGCUAUAGCACACCUUCAUGACACGCAAUGUUAUUACGAGUGUUCACACUUUUGCAACGGCG